GUGUAAAGAACGUAAACAACAAACACUUCUUGUCAAGUCGUUUUGUUGACGUCUUCGCACGUUCUCCGAAGCCUUCCCAGCAUGCACCGCGAACUCUGCAGCCUAUUAUUGACAAAACAGACUAGAAAGGAAGAGCAGCCCUGGCAUCGGCACAAGAAAACCCCGGCGGUGACAUUAACCUGACAAUUGAGAAAAUUUCAAGCCUUCACUGAACCUAACAUGGACACAAGGAUGUGAGAGGAAGCCGGCAUACCUAAAGAAACCCCAUGCAAUGCCAUGCCAUAGAACCCAGGGGUGCCAUUUUCUUUCACACAGCCUGCUAGAGUUUGCAAAGCGAGGGAAGAGGGGGCCCGGGCACACUGUGGACGGGGGCCGGAAAAGAGCUCAGUGGGUGCCAAUGCAGCAGCAGCAUCGACAGCCUGAGCUGGUGGAAGGAAACCUUCCCGUGUUCGUGUUCCCCACUGAGCUCGUCUUCUAUGCCGAUGAGCAGACGUCUCACAAGCAGGUGCUCACCCUCUACAAUCCCUAUGAGUUUGCUCUCAAGUUUAAAGUGCUGUGUACAGCGCCAAACAAGUACACUGUGGUGGACGCCACCGGAGCUGUCAAGCCGCAGUGUUGUGUUGACAUCGUAAUUCGACUACGAGACGUGCGGCCAUGCCAUUAUGGCGUGUACGACAAGUUCCGCCUGCAGGUGUCGGAGCAAAGUCAACGCAAAGCUCUGGGCCGCAAGGAGGUCACGGCCACGCUCCGUCCCUCGGCCUUGCAGGAGCCUGGCGGCCUCCGUUCACAAGAUGAUGAGCGCAGGGCCAAAGACCAGCUGGCGGACAGCGAGUUUUUUGAACAGACUGUUUUUCAAACAGAGAGCCGUCCUGCCACUGGAGGGCCCAGUUUGUUGACGGUGCUAUUGGGGCUGGUGUGCGUGGCAGCCCUGAUGCUCCCAACUCUGGGGGAGCAAGAAUCCACUGUGCCUGUCUACCUCCACUUAAGUGUUAACAAGAAACUUGUAGCUGCUUAUGUUCUCGGACUUCUCACAAUGGUCAUCUUGCGCACAUGAAAUGGAUGAAGCUGAGGGGGGCUGAACAAAUCAGACAUUGCCACACACACACCUACUAUUGUUUCAUUGGUCAAGCUGGCUACGGGUGGGGGGUUUGUCUCCCCAUACAUCUUCACAUCUGAAACAUUUGAGUGUUAUACGUUACAACUGCAGGUUUGUUUGUGGCACAUUGAUGUAAACAGACCUGUGGCGUGUCCUUGGGCAGGACCUGUGAAGAAGCAUGAUUCUUCCGAUCUAUUGCGAUGAAACUGAAGUGAGCAGCAGUGUGAAUGAAAAUGCACCCUACAUACAUGUGUAUAAAGCCAUACCAAUUUUCUUACUGUAUUUACUUGUAACCAACAUUAUUGAUGUUUCAAAUCAAGUGGAUUGAAGAAGACGCAAUGCAGUUUUCUGCAUGUAUCGGUACCAAUCUGAAUUAAUUUUUUUUUCAAGCAAUCGUGUUACGAAAAAGCCUUUUGCUAAAAAUACAUGUACUAUUCCAAUAUUCCAAACAUUCAAUAAAGUGUCAGUACAGAAACCUGG